AUGGCAGCAGCAGCAACAGAGGGAAUCAAGGACCUCAAGUUGGAGGAGGCCAACGGCAAGGUCGCCGAGGGCGCCGCAGCCAACGGCGCGCCGGUGAAUGGCGACGCUGAGAGCGACGACGAUGAUGAGGGCGACGCUCCCGCCGACGGCGCCCCUACUGGAGAUGCGAAAAAGAAGAAGAAGAAGCCGAGAAAGAAGAAGAAGAAGGGAGGCGCCGGCGGUAGUGCAUCCAAACAGUCAGACCCGCCGCGCGUGCCCGUGUCGCAGCUGUUCCCCAAUGGCAUCUACCCUGAGGGCCAGAUCGAAGAAUACCGCGACGAGAAUCUGUACCGUACCACCAACGAGGAGAAGCGUCACCUGGACCGCAUGAACAAUGACUUUCUCAACGAGUACCGCCAGGGCGCUGAGGUCCACCGCCAGGUACGCCAGUGGGCUCAGAAGAACAUCAAACCUGGCAUGACCCUCACAGAGAUUGCCGAAGGCAUCGAGGACGGUGUGCGCUACCUGACUGGCCACCAAGGUCUUGAGGAGGGUGAUAACUUGAAGGGUGGAAUGGGCUUCCCUUGCGGUCUCAGCUUGAACCACUGCGCUGCGCACUACACACCCAAUGCCGGCAACAAGAUCGUUCUGCAGCACGAGGAUGUCAUGAAGGUCGAUUUCGGUGCCCAGAUCAACGGCAGAAUUGUCGAUAGUGCUUUUACUGUGGCUUUCGACCACAAGUACGACCCGCUGCUUCAGGCCGUGAAGGAGGCGACCAACACUGGCGAAGCCGGUAUUGACGUUCGUAUGUCUGACAUCGGUGCUGCUAUCCAGGAGGUCAUGGAGAGCUACGAAGUCGAGCUUGAUGGCCAAACACACCAGGUCAAGUGCAUCCGCAACCUUAACGGCCACAACAUCAACCAAUUUGAGAUCCACGGUGGAAAGAGCGUGCCGAUCGUCAAGGGCUCCGACCAGACCAAGAUGGAAGAGGGUGAAACCUUUGCCAUCGAAACGUUCGGAAGUACCGGAAAGGGUUACGUCCGGGACGAUAUGGAGACCUCGCACUACGCCAGGCGUGUCGACGCUCCCAAGGUGGCGCUGCGCGUCUCGUCGGCCAAGACGCUUCUCACCUCUAUUAACAAGAACUUCGGUACCCUGCCUUUCUGCCGCAGGUACCUGGACCGUCUUGGCCAUGAGAAGUACCUCCUUGGUCUCAACAACCUCGUUCAGAGUGGCAUCGUGGAGGCGUACCCUCCUCUGUGCGAUGUCAAGGGCUCCUACACUGCACAAUUCGAGCACACCAUCCUUCUUCGUCCCAAUGUCAAGGAGGUCAUCAGUCGGGGUGACGAUUACUGA